AUGGGCAAGGAGUUUGCAGUCACGACACUUUCGACCAACACUCAAUCACAUGAUUCGACUGCGCCGCAAGCUUCAUCUCUUUCCCCCGUCACCAGUCUAGAUUGGGUUCAUGAGGUGCACCCCUGGGACACACCCACACCAUUUUCCCUUGUUCCCCCAGAGAUACCUACCUCUCCUCUGGCUCCGGGCUCUACGAAUAGCAAUAGUACCUUGCUUUCACCAAUGACACCGGCAGUCGUCACAUCUAUUGCCUAUGGACAAUCGCCGCCAUUCCCGAACAUCACGUCAGUCGAUAGCAACUCUCCGAUACCUACUGGUGUGUGUACCGGAUGUAUCAUUGCAGCGUAUGGUCCCAUUACCACGUCUUACAAUCCUGGGGAGUUCUACAACCCAUGGACCAGUAUAGUGGUAACCGAGACAAUUGUUACGGAGUAUUCUACCUACUUGCACAACAAUACUGUCGAUACUGUCGUCACCGAGGAGCGGACUGUCAACCAGACAAAAACUCUUACCCUUGAUGAGGGUCAAAUAAUUACACGUUCGACACCAACAUUCACCAUACAGCCAACGCCAGGUGUAUUCUUCCACCUUGAUGCAGGUCCAACCUACGUCAUCUACAACCGGCUGUCUGGUGGAGUAGAUAAAUAUCAAGAGGUAUUCUUGCCUCAGUAUAACAUGACAGCAGCAGAAUGCUCGUCAAACGUCGCACCUUUAACGAGUUGGGCCCCUGCAAGAACGGCAUCCGCAGACUGGAGUUACUUCAUCGCAACCUACACUGGAAAACCUCCUCCAAGCCCAGGAAGGGAUGAGCCCGUGCCUCUACCUUCCAAACUAAUUCAGUAUCUGAAAAAUGACACAGACAUCCAGAGACAAUUUCACGGCGCGGACAUCGCUACGUGUAGUUACAGUAGACCGCCUGAAUCGAAUUUACGUCCACUGCCCUCGGGAAUCGCCGCACCGGCUGCACCACCUCUAUCAUCGCUUCCCAUCUUCCUGUCGCCCUUGACAGGCACGUAUCUUGCGACCAGCUUUGAGUCCACCUCAGUUCACGUCACGGUCCGGGGAUGUUUAAGAUGUGAAGAUACAUCUGUAAAAGAUGCCGUGGACCCUACGGUCUCAGCCAAAAUUGCAGAUGCUACUCCAACAAGCGACAACGAGGACGAUACGCAUAACGACAACUCUCCGUCACCCAGCCAACCUAAUAAACCGGCUGAGAAUGCGGCCAAGCCGACCCAGGGUGGUGGGAAGACUUCACCGAGCAUCCCAGACGCGACCUCGACGAAGAGUGUGACGAUUGGGGGAGUGGUUCUACCCGUCAACACUCCCAGACCGACCCAGACCAACCCCGAUAGACCGAACAACGAUCAUCACGAUCAGAUUCCCCCAGUAAUCAUCAUUGGCACCGUAACAAUUACACAAGGGCAAACGAAGACCAUCAACGGCGUGCCUGUGGUCGUACCUACAAAUGGUGGAGGAACAAGGAUCGUUGUAGAUGGCAGCACGGUUGCUCUCAAUCCGGCAACGACGCAAGGUUUACCUGUGCUCAUUGUGGGUGGGGGGUCCGUUACACCAAACUCAAAUGGAGAGUAUGUCCUCGGAUCCGAGACGUUGAAGCCGGGCGGCCCUCCAAUCACUAUCAACGGGAACACUGUCAGCAUGGCUCCGGACGGCAUUGCGAUCGUCAAUGGUGCCACACAAACUAUCGCAAACCUUCCGGCGCUUAUCGGAGCCCCCGCUUUGACGGUCGGUAGUCAACCCGUCCCAGCAACUGUUGUGGGAGGCUCAACAGUCUUCGUCGUGGGGCCUGGUCAGACGCUUAGUGCAGGAAGCACGCUUGUCGUCGAUGGCACGACUUACAGCAUGCCGGCAGAGGGUCAUGGAUCAACUCUUGUCAUCAACGGACAGACAUCGGUGUUGAACGCUGGACAAUCAGCUAUUACUCUCGAUGGUGGAAGAUCCGUUACUGCGCAAGUCGUCAGCGGCAUGACAGCCUAUGUUCUCGCUCCUGACCAAACACUCACACCUGGUGGCGUCCUCACGAUCUCCGGGACAACAUACUCCAUGCCUACGGGUGCAUCCGGUUCUGUCAUUGUCGUCAACGGCGUCACAUCCACUUUGGCUGCUGGUGCUGAGAUCACAGCCGCACCAGCCUUGACCAUCAAUGGCGUGACGUAUGCACACACUGUCCGAGACGGAACGACCGAAUACGUUCUGAAUGAUGGAACGACGCUCGCCCCUGGGUCAUCUAUAGAAAUCGACGGAACCACGUACUCCCUAGAUGAUCAAGGCACGGCCUUGAUCAUCAAUGGCCGAACUAGCACCAUACCCAAGCUACCCAAGAGCAACAGCGCCAGCACGACGCGUUCAGACUCCGCUUCUACAACCAGAAGUCGCGACGCUGGGGAUUUGAUUGCGAGUGGAAUAGGCGAGACGAGCAAGGGAGUCGGACCAUCCACACACACCGGCGGUUUGGACAAGUGGAUUGAGAGUUUAGUUAUUGGCGCGGCGGGAUGGCUUACGCUGCUACUGUGA